AUGAAAAAGAGGGAAAUUGAUAUGAAUGUAUCGCGAGAUUACAUUGAAGAUGAAAGUCCUUAUGACGAAAUAGAAGUGAAUGCAAUGGAAGAAGUUAGCGUGGACGUGCAAAGUACUUCGUCUUCCAACGUUACCAAUAUUGUUAUUGGCUCGACGUAUAGUGAAAGUAGUACAACACAUUCUUUUGAAUCAUUGGAAGUUGUGAGUAGCAGUUCUGAAACUGGUACACAUACCACAGAUCCAAAAGACAUUUAUAACGGUUCAUAUCAAAAGCUAGUUGCUGUUGGUAGUUCUAUAACUAUAUUUGUCGAUACCAUUGUUGGUAGUUCUAGGACUAUAUAUGUCGAUACAACUGUUGGUAGUUCUAUAACUAUAUUUGUCGAUACCAUUGUUGGUAGUUCUAGGACUGUAUAUGUCGAUACAACUGUUGGUAGUUCUAUAACUAUAUUUGUCGAUACCAUUGUUGGUAGUUCUAGAACUAUAUAUGUCGAUACAACUGUUGGUGGUUCUAGAACUAUAUUUGUCGAUACCACUGUUGGUAGUUCUAGGACUAUAUAUGUCGAUACAACUGUUGGUAGUUCUAUAACUUUAUUUGUCGAUACCAUUGUUGGUAGUUCUAGGACUGUAUAUGUCGAUACAACUGUUGGUAGUUCUAUAACUAUAUUUGUCGAAACCACUGUUGGUAGUUCUAGGACUAUAUAUGUCGAUACAACUGUUGGUAGUUCUAUAACUAUAUUUGUCGAUACCACUGUUGGUAGUUCUAUGACUGUAUAUGUCGAUACAACUGUUGGUAGUUCUAUAACUAUAUUUGUCGAAACCACUGUUGGUAGUUCUAGGACUAUAUAUGUCGAUACAACUGUUGGUAGUUCUAUAACUAUAUUUGUCGAAACCACUGUUGGUAGUUCUAGGAUUAUAUAUGUCGAUACAACUGUUGGUAGUUCUAUAACUAUAUUUGUCGAUACCACUGUUGGUAGUUCUAGGACUGUAUAUGUCGAUACAACUGUUGGUAGUUCUAUAACUAUAUUUGUCGAAACCACUGUUGGUAGUUCUAGGACUAUAUAUGUCGAUACAACUGUUGGUAGUUCUAUAACUAUAUUUGUCGAAACCACUGUUGGUAGUUCUAGGAUUAUAUAUGUCGAUACAACUGUUGGUAGUUCUAUAACUAUAUUUGUCGAUACCACUGUUGGUAGUUCUAGGACUGUAUAUGUCGAUACAACUGUUGGUAGUUCUAUAACUAUAUUUGUCGAAACCACUGUUGGUAGUUCUAUAACUAUAUUUGUCGAAACCACUGUUGGUAGUUGUAUGACUGUAUAUGUCGAUACAACUGUUGGUAGUUCUAUAACGAUAUUUGUCGAAACCACUGUUGGUAGUUCUAGGAUUAUAUAUGUCGAUACAACUGUUGGUAGUUCUAUAACUAUAUUUGUCGAUACCACUGUUGGUAGUUCUAGGACUGUAUAUGUCGAUACAACUGUUGGUAGUUCUAUAACUAUAUUUGUCGAAACCACUGUUGGUAGUUCUAUAACUAUAUUUGUCGAAACCACUGUUGGUAGUUCUAGGAUUAUAUAUGUCGAUACAACUGUUGGUAGUUCUAUAACUAUAUUUGUCGAUACAACUGUUGGUAGUUCUAUAACUAUAUUUGUCGAUACCACUGUUGGUAGUUCUAUGACUGUAUAUGUCAAUACAACUGUUGGUAGUUCUAUAACUAUAUUUGUCGAAACCACUGUUGGUAGUUCUAGGAUUAUAUAUGUCGAUACAACUGUUGGUAGUUCUAUAACUAUAUUUGUCGAUACCACUGUUGGUAGUUCUAGGACUGUAUAUGUCGAUACAACUGUUGGUAGUUCUAUAACUAUAUUUGUCGAUACCAUUGUUGGUAGUUCCAGGACUAUAUAUGUCGAUACAACUGUUGGUGGUUCUAGAACUAUAUUUGUCGAUACCAUUGUUGGUAGUUCUAGGACUAUAUAUGUCGAUACCACUGUUGGUGGUUCUAGAACUAUAUUUGUCGAUACCACUGUUGGCAGUUCUAGAACUAUAUAUGUCGAUACCACUGUUGGUAGUUCUAUAACUAUAUUUGUCGAUACCAAUGUUGGUAGUUCUAGGACUAUAUAUGUCGAUACAACUGUUGGUAGUUCUAUAACUAUAUUUGUCGAUACCAUUGUUGGUAGUUCUAGGACUGUAUAUGUCGAUACAACUGUUGGUAGUUCUAGAACUAUAUAUGUCGAUACCACUGUUGGUAGUUCUAAGACUGUAUAUGUCGAUACAACUGUUGGUAGUUCUAUAACUAUAUUUUUCGAUACCACUGUUGGUAGUUCUAUGACUGUAUAUGUCGAUACAACUGUUGGUAGUUCUAGAACUAUAUUUGUCGAUACCACUGUUGGUAGUUCUAUGACUGUAUAUGUCGAUACAACUGUUGGUAGUUCUAUAACUAUAUUUGUCGAUACCACUGUUGGUAGUUCUAUGACUGUAUAUGUCGAUACAACUGUUGGUAGUUCUAUAACUAUAUUUGUCGAUACCAUUGUUGGUAGUUCUAGGACUAUAUAUGUCGAUACCACUGUUGGUAGUUCUAGGACUAUAUAUGUCGAUACAACUGUUGGUAGUUCUAUAACUAUAUUUGUCGAUACCAUUGUUGGUAGUUCUGGGACUAUAUAUGUCGAUACAACUGUUGGUAGUUCUAUAACUAUAUUUGUCGAUACCAUUGUUGGUAGUUCUAGGACUAUAUAUGUCGAUACAACUGUUGGUAGUUCUAUAACUAUAUUUGUCGAUACCAUUGUUGGUAGUUCUAGGACUAUAUAUGUCGAUACCACUGUUGGUAGUUCUAGAACUAUAUUUGUCGAUACCACUGUUGGUAGUUCUAAGACUGUAUAUGUCGAUACAACUGUUGGUAGUUCUAUAACUAUAUUUUUCGAUACCACUGUUGGUAGUUCUAUGACUGUAUAUGUCGAUACAACUGUUGGUAGUUCUAUAACUAUAUUUGUCGAUACCAUUGUUGGUAGUUCUAUAACUAUAUUUGUCGAUACCAUUGUUGGUAGUUCUGGGACUAUAUAUGUCGAUACAACUGUUGGUAGUUCUAUAACUAUAUUUGUCGAUACCAUUGUUGGUAGUUCUAGGACUAUAUAUGUCGAUACAACUGUUGGUAGUUCUAUAACUAUAUUUGUCGAUACCACUGUUGGUAGUUCUAAGACUGUAUAUGUCGAUACAACUGUUGGUAGUUCUAUAACUAUAUUUGUCGAUACCACUGUUGGUAGUUCUAGAACUAUAUUUGUCGAUACCAUUGUUGGUAGUUCUAGGAAUUAA